GGAGAAACAUAUUGGGGGAGGGUUUCACGGCUCCAUUGACGAAGGGGAGUAUAAGAAGGCUCGCGCGGAAGAAACGGGGCUCUCGUGUACUCACCCCUCUGUUGUGUUAAGUGAUAUAUGUGAAUUUAAAACCAGUGUUCUACCCUGUGUUACUUGUGUGAAUUUCUGAAAACCUCUAGUCUACCCCGUGUGAUUUGUACUGAUUUUCGCCCACGAUAACCUUUAGUCAAAAUGGCAGAAAGGGAAGAACCAACAUUCGCUGUAGGCGUCCGCACGACGACUGCCCGACUGGCCGUGGGAGUGGGACGAGGACGCCCCAUCCACCGACCAACCGACUAUCUUCCAACGUUGAACGAGACGGUUGGACCCCGCACCCUAAGGUUGGCCAACACGUCCAAACCUUACAGCAGAAGUCACGGCCGGGGUACAAGACGUGAGGACCAGCGCAGCCGGCCCCAAAACGCACAGCAGGAGGCCGUUGCCACGUUGGAGAAGGCGCUUCAGGAUGCCAACGCGGCAUGCGCAGAGGCCGGGAGGAAGGCUGACCGCGAGAGAGACGCCGCCUUUAACAAGCUGGCCGACCUAGCCGGGCGCGAACACACACUGCAGGAGUACCUGCAAUACGCUAGGGUAGACUUUGACCAAGUGCUCAGGGAGAAGCAGCAGCUUCACACGCAACUGCAGAAGGCGCGCUCGUGUAUUAUCCAGAUGCUGGGGGAACUCAGCACAGCGCUAGCCGAGAACGCCCAACUGAAGCGCGAACUCUUCAUCACCUGCAAUGGACCACACCUUCCUGCUGCGCCCACAACCCCGACCGACUAGGAAAGACAGCACAACAGCACCAGAUCCGGCAAUCCAACACUUUUCCGUCAAUUUCACCCCACUUACCCAUUCACUCACUCACCCACUCACCCACUACGCCACGUCCAAACUGAAGCACUUCUAUUUAUCCACCACCACCAAUCCAGCUCCACUACCAUCCACCGUCCACC